ACCAGCAAUCAAAUAUACUGCUACAACAUUAAAAUGGAUACACUCUGGAGACACAUCCAGUACAUCUCCUAGAGUUUUUCUUCUGACUUGUUAUCAAGAUGCUAUAAAACCACAAGAAUCACAGCUCCGAGAUCAGUCAAAACUGAGCCAACAAAACUUCAAUACAAAACAAGAAAAAGCUGUAAGGUCCUUUUUGGUCAGAGUCUUUCACAUGACGUGAUGGAUGGCCGGUAUACGAACAUCGAGAUGAAUUUCGCAAAUGAUCAUUUGCAAAAGUGCAGCACUUUGUGUGAACAAAAAACAGAAUAUAGUCAUGUUGGAGGAAUCUGUACCCAGCCAGGCUAUGAACCACAAAACACUUCUAGGAGUGAGUCUCUGUACAAGAGGACAUUGGUGGUGUUCAUCUCUCUGUGGAUCAUCACACUGAUCAUUCUUGGUGCUGUACUCAGUGUCUCAUUUAUACAAAGAUCUGGCCUGCAGAAUGAGAUGACAGACUUACAAAGGAUGACAUCAAGCAGUACCUCAGUCCAACAGAGGUCUGACUUGCAGAAUGAGGUGCAGGAGCUACAGACCAUUGCUGAAGACGGAUUUGCUAAAUGGACAAGCAAACAAGGAGCUGUCAGACAGCCAGUGUGGAAGUGGAUCCGUAAAUCAGCAGCUAAUGUCAUUCUGGACCCCAGAACAGCACAACGUAAUCUUACCGUUUCUGAGGACGGCAAACAAGCGAGAUUCAGUGGCCGCCUCCUACCUGACAGCCCACUGAGGUUCAGUAAUUGGUACGGGAUCCUGGGAAAAGAGAGUUUCUCUUCAGGGAGACAUUACUAUGAGGUUCAGGUUGGGGCAAAGACAUGUUAUGUGGUUGGUUUUGUGAAAGAGUCUGUUGAAAGGAUGAAGAAUAUUCAGAAAAAUACAGAGAAUGGCUUCCUGGUCUUCAAACUAGUGACGAAGGACUACAAUGUUUCUACAACCCCCGAUACCUCUCUCUCUCUGAAUGACCCCCCUAAGAAGGUGGGGGCGUAUGUGGACUAUGAGAGGGGGCAGGUUUCCUUUUACAAUGCGGACACCAGGUCCCAUAUCUACUCUUUUACUGGUUACAACUUCAGUGAGAAACUCUAUCCAGUUGUUAACCCCUGUAGUGCUUUGCCAUUAGAUCCACUGAUCAUCUCUCCUGUCAGUCACACAGACUGAUCUGAAACAGCAGUUUCCACACAGAUGAGGAUUAAUAACUGUGCAUUUGAUGAUUAUAAUAUUGUGCUUAUUUUUUCUACAUGCUUUGCCAGUGCCAACAACAUUAACUGAACAAUGAUUACAUACAUACUAUCUCCCCCUGAAUCUACCACAUAUCACCUGCCUGUGAAUAGUGAUCAGGUGAUUUUAGUGGAUACAGAUAUUUAAUGAUUUUAAAUACAAUCACAGGUUGCUUGCAUGCUUAUUUCAAAUAUCAUUCUUUAUGUCUGCUGUUAAAAAAUGUUUCCUUUGGUUUGUUAUCUCAUUUUAUAUUAAAUGCAAGAGUUUUACUUAUUCAUUUUUAAGUUUACCUUGUUGUUGAAGAGUAUCAGCUUUUGUAUAAAUAAUGAUUAUUGGGGUACAAGUACCAAAGACCUAUGUUUUAGCAUUGUUUUGUCGGGAAUUGUGUCAUGAUUCAGAUUCACCACCUGAUGGCAGCAGAGAGAUCAUACUCCGGCAGAACCUGUUAUCAUUGAGUAAUACCUGAUGCUUGUUUGCCAUAAUUAU